UAGUGACCAGGAAUCGAUAGAGGCCACUGCCAGUAACGUAGGCCUGUUUCGGCCCACCAGCCCAGCAAAUAAGGAUCCGAGUAAACCGAGGGUUUGCAUCACUAUAGUAUUUCUUCUCUGCGAGAUCUUUAUCCAAGUUAUAUUGCGGAGUCGGCGUCGAAAUCGGAUACCAGAUCGGGCCCGCAUAAGCUUAUGCGGCAUUCUCCACAGGGGCAAAACGCCCUUCGUUUCCUCCCAACCUGCAGAGUUUAUGUCACUGAGUGAAAAAGCAAAGAGAGAGAGAGAGAUAGCCUCUAUUUAUUUUAGUGAUUAUGGACUCCUCGUUCUGCACCGAGGCAUCAGACACAACCGCAGGCUCUAGAAACAAUGACAGCAGCGUGCGCCCUGACGAUGUUUCCUCGAUCAGCUUCGCUCGGCCUCCUAUUCGGAGCUGCACAUUGUGUCGACAACGUAAGAUCAGAUGUGACCGGCAACAACCCUGUGCUAGUUGUAUCCGCGUGGCAGCCAAGUGUGUUUACCCCGCAGGACCUGGUCGUGCACCAAAGCGACCGCGAAAGGCCGUGGAAGCUCGACUGUUGGCCCAGCUGUCUCGGCUGGAGACGAUUGUGAGAUGCCUCGAGCCAGAGGGUGCGGGCAGGUCAGAUCGUGCUUCGUCGGGCCAGACUCAUGCAGAGAGAGCGGAUCAAGAUCGCGAAAGCAUCGCACCGCCCACAAGCUCGACGGCUCAUUCAGAACCCGAAACUGACCUACAAAUUGGCCGGUUGAUAAUUGACGAGACGCAGAGCUGCUACGUUAGCAGCGCGGUUUGGGCCAGAUUAGGGGAUGAGAUCGAAGAACUGCGGGAUUUCCUCCAUGAGCCCGAUUCAGACGAUGAAGACCAUGAGUCAGUUUCCGAGCAGCCAGCAGCAUCAGCAGCACUCGGGAGCUUGGGCUCGAAUGCAGCCGUGAUGGGCUUUAGGUCGCUCGCGCAUUCCCUCCGCAACUAUCACCCCCCGGUCUCUCAAGCGGUGGCACUCUUUGAGAUUUUCAAAGAGAAUGUCUCCCGACUAAUCCGGAUUUUCCAUAUGCCAACCCUCAUUCAACUAUUCUGGGACUCAAUGGCGUCCCUGGAUUCCCUCGACAAGAAUGUGGAGGCACUUCUGUUUGCAAUUUACUACUCGGCAAUGAUUAGUUUGGAACCAGAGGAGUGUCUCGAUCAAUUGGGAGUCCCCAGAUCCCGCGCGUUGGAAACAUAUCGAUUUGCUGCAGAGCAGGCGAUGGCUCGCGCAGAUCUCUUGAACACUCAGAAUAUGAUUCUACUGCAGGCUGCGGUGCUGUUUCUUUCCGCCUUACGCAAUGAAGAUUAUUCCCGGACUGUAUGGUCUUUGACCUCCCUCAUCUUUCACAUUGCCCAGGCCAUGGGCCUCCACCGAGACGGAGCGUCGUUUGGACUGAGGCCGCUGGAAACCGAGCUACGAAGACGGCUAUGGUGGCACAUUCUUUUUCUGGAUAACCGAUCCACGGAAUACCAUGGCUGCGAGCCGAUUGCCCAAGGAUCGACAUACGAUACAAAAGCACCGUUGAAUAUCAAUGACAGUGACCUGACAGCCCAAAUGACCGAGCCGCCCCAGGAGCGCGAGGGGAUAACAGAGAUGACCUACAGCCUGAUGCGAUGUGAAACUAUACGUGCCGUCCGGAAGCUCUGCCACACAACACCUGGUGAAAGCGACGAGGAUCCAGGAAACGGCUCAUGCUUCGAAGCUCGGGAGGCACUGGCAGAAGACCUGCAAACACGCUUCCAAAGUCGUUAUGUAAACCAUUCCGACCCAUCUGCGCCAUUCCUUCGUGUGAUUUCGAAGGUCGCGCAGCUGAUUACCCUGAGGAUGUGGGUGUCUGUCCUGUAUCCGCGCUGCUCAAAGGAUCUAUCAAACACUCUACUGCGGGAUACGCGAGCUCGUCUCUUCCGCAUCUCCACCCAAAUCCUGCAACUUUCCAGCUCGCUUCUCACAGAUGAGGAGACUCAUCAAUGGGCCUGGCAUUCCAAGACACAUAUCCAGUGGCACGCCGUGGCUUUCGUGCUUGCCGAGAUCUGCUGGCGACCACCAUCCCCAGAGUGUGAACUUGCCUGGGAAUGUGUGAACAAAGUCUACCACCAUUGGGAAGGGAGAGGAAAUGACAAACGGGGCAUGCUGUGGAGACCGAUCAAGAGAUUGAUGGCCAAAGCGCAGUACGUGCGAGAUGUUCAGAAGAGUCGUGGUAGUACUAGCCAACAACACCGCUGGAAAGUUGCAACUGGAUCCGUAGCCCCAACGCCAGACCAUCGGUCCCGGGAGGACAGGCCAACGACAUCUGAACUGGAAUUUGACCACAGCCAGGCUGGACGCGGUAUUCCUUCCCGGUCUGGGACCGGCGGCGGCCCCUCUGACUUUGCAGAGGAGCCGUUAGACCCUUGUUGGAGCGUAUUUCCUUACACGACUGGCAUUGGAGGGGUUGGUCCACCGGCAUUGGAUAUGUUCGGAAUGAUGUCUGGACCUGGCCCUGUUUGGAAUUUCCCUCGUAAUCUCCAGACAGAUCCACCAGGCGACUUGUAUGAUAUGAAUAUUUCCAUGGGUGGCUUUAACCUCCCCCCGGUUUAGUUCUGGAUCAUCUCUUUACGUGGAUGUGAUUAUAGCUUCAAAUCAGCUGAUUCUAAUAGAAACAGUAUCACCACAUAUACCCUAACCCUAACCCUAACCGAUAUAAUACUGUAUAUUAGCUAGAAAUGACUGUCUUGGCCACCUUUUUAGCGGAACGGUAAAGUUGACCGAAACCUUUGUGGUAGUUUUACCUUGGAGUGAUCCUAGAGUUUCCUAUAAGGAGUUUCCUCUCUCGUAAUAUACAC